AUGGUAGAGAUGGUGGACCACUUGAGUCUACAGCAGCUGCCGGAUGCACUGCAAGAAGAUCUUGAGCCUAGCAAAAAGGACCCCGAUAACGCCUGCUGGACAUGCACACCUCCAGAUACUGUAACUGACCCCGACUCGGGGUCAGUACCCCUGUCCGUGGACAAGGUUCCCGUCGCCAUCCCAGUUCGGUUCCAUCAUCCGCUUUUACCCCUGAUGUCUCAACCUCCAGAUCCGCAUUCCAUCGUCAUCUCACCAAUCAGGCCGCUGGCAAAUGAGACCGUCGAGGAGAUUCUAAACUUGUUCACCCACGCUAUUGGCUUUUAUCAUCUCAUCAACCACCCUGCAGAGGACUUUGACUACCAGGAGGAGCUGCACAAGUACCCUACUGAGUUUGGGGGACUCAAAGUCAGCUUCAUCCGAGAGUCUUUCUACCCAACUGCUGGCAGAGCAGAGUCAACACUAGUACACCUGACAGGGGGAUCUUCAACAACUACAAUCGGACGACAGCCAUCCACAGCCAACCAACCUGCCGCAACCGAUGUGUCUCUGACACUGUCCUUCAAAGCGGUGUUUGGGAGUACUGUACGGAUUUCUUCCAGUGAAAGCAAAUCCAAAGACCGGCUUGAAGGGAAGCUUGAUGUCCUUGUGAUUCCCGAAGCAGACCAGAUUAAAAUAUACAUCACCGUAUCAACUCAUACACUUGCCAUGACGGCGGUAACGGCCAAAUCAGGUGCAGCAACACCUGAUUGGGCCUCCAACAUCCGAAUUGCUUCUGCAAAACACGGUCAUGAGCUGGGGAAAGUUACAAGGGUCUUUGACCCUUCUCCUCAGCAAACCUUCCCCUCGGCCUUCACCCACGAUGUCAGCUUGGUGGAUACCAUCGGCUGGACUGCAUUGAAACCAGCAGCUAACUCACCCAAGCCGAAGUUGUCACUCCAAUGGCUGUCACAAGACGAAUGGUCAGGAACCAAGUACUACUCAAGCAAGCUCGCUCUCUUGGACGACAGCUUGACUGAAGAUGAAGCCAAGAGCAUUGGAGUAAUAGAUAGUCGAUGUCAGGUACAUCGAUCUUCUAUCGAGUUCGGGCAACCUGGCAACACUAGAGUGUUUGGUCAAAACGGAACACCAGUUUGUGUGGUAGAGGACAUGCCAGACAAGACCGGCAAAAUAGCCAAGGUGGCUGGGUUUUCUUCCUUUGUGCAGGUGGCAUCUGACGUGCAAAGAUAUGAUCUUGAGGGUGAAAAGCUGUACAAGAGGCUGGAAGAGGGCCGAGUGGCGUUCUAUGGGGCAUUUCAGGUUCCGCCAGAGCUGAGUUGUGGAUAUCGGAUUGCAUGA